UCCAUAAUCUCAUCCUCUCCUAUUUCCCUCCUGUCAUCUCCCAAAAACCAUCCACCACUUAAACUUGCCUCUUCUCUUCUUCUUCUUCUUCUUCUUCUUCUACUACUACUGCACUACUCACUUCUUAUACUACUCUAUUAUUAAGUCCAAAGAAAUUUCUUUCUUUUUCUUUUUUUUUUUUUCCUUGCUUUGUGUUCCUUCCAUAACAAAUUAUGGCCUCGGCUACUUUUUCUGUAGCCAAACCAUCCCUUCAGGGAAAUGGAAAAGGGUUCCAGGAAUUCUCGGGCCUCCGUAACUCAUCAGCUUUUCUUCCCUUUUCCAAGAAGACUUCUGAUGACUUCCUCUCUGUCGUUGCUUUCCAGACUUCUGCUGUUGGAAGCAGCAAUGGAGGAUACAGGAAAACCGUAGCUGAGGCAAAGCUUAAAGUGGCCAUAAAUGGAUUCGGUAGGAUUGGUAGGAACUUCUUGAGGUGCUGGCACGGGCGCAAGGAUUCCCCUCUUGAUGUCAUUGCCAUCAAUGACACUGGUGGUGUCAAGCAAGCUUCCCACCUCCUCAAGUACGACUCUACUCUCGGCAUCUUUGAUGCUGAUGUCAAGCCUGUUGGUACUGAUGGAAUCUCUGUCGAUGGCAAGGUCAUCCAGGUUGUUUCUGACCGCAACCCUGCCAACCUUCCAUGGAAGGACUUGGGGAUCGACUUGGUAAUUGAAGGGACUGGAGUUUUCGUCGACAGGGAAGGUGCUGGCAAGCACAUUCAGGCAGGAGCCAAGAAGGUGCUCAUUACAGCCCCCGGAAAGGGUGACAUCCCAACCUAUGUUGUGGGAGUCAAUGCCGAUGGCUACAGCGCUGACGAGCCUAUCAUCAGCAAUGCUUCUUGCACUACCAACUGCCUUGCUCCCUUUGUCAAGGUCCUUGACCAGAAAUUUGGCAUCAUCAAGGGUACCAUGACAACAACUCACUCAUACACUGGUGACCAGAGGCUGCUUGACGCCAGUCACCGCGACCUAAGAAGAGCAAGAGCUGCUGCCCUUAACAUCGUUCCAACAUCAACUGGUGCAGCUAAGGCAGUUGCCCUUGUUCUUCCAACCCUCAAGGGCAAACUUAACGGAAUUGCCCUGCGUGUUCCAACCCCAAAUGUCUCAGUUGUUGAUCUCGUCGUCCAGGUGGAGAAAAAAACCUUCGCGGAAGAAGUAAAUGCAGCAUUCAGGGAAAGUGCUGACAAGGAACUCAAGGGUAUCCUCUCAGUCUGUGAUGAGCCGCUUGUUUCAGUUGAUUUCAGGUGCACAGAUGUUUCAUCAACAGUUGACUCAUCACUGACCAUGGUGAUGGGAGAUGACAUGGUUAAGGUUAUUGCCUGGUAUGAUAACGAAUGGGGUUACUCUCAAAGGGUCGUUGAUUUGGCUGACAUUGUUGCCAACAACUGGAAAUAGUUAUCUCAAAUCUAAUCUCGGACAAUGUAAUUUCUGAUUUUUGUGUACCUCAUUUCAUUUCCUAGCUGGUUUUUUCUUUCUUUCUUUCUUUCUUUCUUUCUUGGAUUUCCUAUUUUUGUCAAGAAUGUAUAAUUAUAAUCUGGAACAGAGUUUCCUCUUUCAGUUAUUGCAAUAAGAAACUCACCUUUUUAUCAA